CUUUAGAAUCUCAAACAAGAAGAAGAGAGCGAAACUCAAACAGACCUGUUGAUACCGGGGUUAAUGUCCUCUGUAUAAUCUGAACAAUUGACAGCGUGAAUAUUACUUUAAUUUCUGCUCAUUCUCAUUCAAACAAGUUCAAAAAUAGUGCGCGACAGAACCGUUUAGAUAUUUGAGCUUUACGUCGUAAAGAAGCACUUUACGUGCGCCUGGUUAGCAACGCUAGCUAUGAGUGCUAAACGGAAUAAAGCCGCGACCAACGGCAGAAACAUAGCUGCAGUCAGUCAGAGAAACAAGCAGCGGACCUCCACAACUAACAAGGUGCUGGCUGAGAGAAACCCGGCGGUGGCCGCGGUGGGAGCCUGGGUGGAGGGCGGACCAGACUUCAUGGAGCAUCCAUUUGCUCUUGCUUUGAUAACUGAGGAGGUGCAGGCAGAGAGGAGGAGGGUGACUGAAGAGAACCUUCGACGAUUUCAGGAUGAAGUGCGCCACCGUGUGGCACAGCACUCCCAAGUCUUCAAGCAGCGACAUCAACCUCAAGCUUCAAACUUUACCACUGUCAAACCUGUCAGGAUCCAGCAUGUGAUGCCUGGGAUCAAGGUCAUAUCGGCGGGAGGUGCUGCACAACAGAGGGUGAUGGAGCAGGGCUGUCAGGAGUCGUCUCGUGAGGACAUGAGGCAGGUUAGACUCCGGCUGGCUGCGUGUCAGAUGAGCCCGCAUGAGGAUACAAUGUCAGACCUUCCUGGGGGAAAAUGGAGCACGUCUCCAACCAGACAUAAAGCUGAGUAUCACGUGGUGAGAGCCGAGCAGGAAGUGGAAGAGGGUGAGGGAGAGGCAGGGGAAGAAGAAGAUGAUGAUUGUUUCUUCGCCAGUCAACAUGAAUGUCCUCUUGUUCAGCAGAAGGUUAGAGGACAUGUGAUGUUGCAUUCUGAUAAAUCACAGCCUGAUUCUGGUUUUAAAUCCAGCCUCAGAGAAACACACGUCCUGUGGCCUCUGAAUGACCAAGAGGAAGUGAAAAAACAGCGUCAGUCUCAGUUCCUGAUGCAGCGCCGUCAGUUCAUGGACAACGAGAGGGAACAAGUGAAGGAGAAUAAUCAGCACAGGAAGCACCUUAAGAGAACGGCAAGAAUCAAAGCAGAGAAAGAACAGAUUCGUCUGGAGGAAGAGAGAAAGAUGGAGAGAGCUCAUCAGCUCGCAGAGGCCCAACAGAUGCUGGAGGAAAGGGAGCUGCUGAUUCUGGAACGACUGAGGCUCGAGGAGGAGGAGAGAGCUGUGAAUCUGCAGUGGAGAAAAAAGGAGAAACGAAAAGUAUCUUCGAGGUUUGUUGAGGCUCUGAGAGCUCAGAUGAAAGAGAGACUCUCUCAGGAGAAACUGGACCUUCCCCCUCUUUGCUGCUGUGCGUCCACUUUCUGGGACUCCCACCCCGACACGUGUGCUAACAACUGUGUCUUCCACAACAAUCCCAAAGCGUAUGCCCAGGCAUUACAGUCAACAAUACUGAGUGUGGAUUUACGGUAAAGGAAGUUUGUGAAGUGCAGUGGAAAAUCCUCCUGAAGAAACUUGGUCUCUUUGCUGUUUGUUAAGUCUGUGUAUGAAGCAACGUUUUGGUAAAUACAGUACUAGUAAUCAAACUGGACCUGUGUGUGUGUAGAGCAUUGAUUUCACUGUGAUCUGUUUGUUGGAAGUGUUCAACUUACAUCAACAGCAUUGAGUAUAUUUUGUAAACUAAAAUCUCACACCGAUGAAUUCACUGGAAUCAAACCUUAAAACUUAAGUGAAGCCAAAAUGGCAAACAGUGUACAUUAUAUCUCCUUAACAUCAGCGUGUGUGCUGGUACUGCUAUUUUUGCAUAAUAAACACAACCUCUCACAGAUGUAGCUGUAAUUUAUUAAUAUUUAAGGAAGUUGAUUGAUAGGGUAGUCUCAGAAAUUUAAUGUAUAGGUAUUUGCCAUUGAUUAUUUUUUUUAAUAAAUUAUUCUCUUUCUAUUUUUAUUGAUU